GUUUCCAAGUAGGCAAACCAUUAUGGCAUUGUCGUGCGAAAGCGUCGUAAGAAAGCUCGCCGUAAAAGCUCCGCUGUGAAAGCAUCGUGACUCAUACCGCUCUGUGCUGUCGCGCGACGUAUCUUGUACUUCUGCUAGGUGAACUCAGGUGAACCGAAGCAAACUGUCGUUCGAGUGUUCACUUCCGCGCGGAUACGGAUUCGGAUUUGGAUUUGGUGUUGUCGGUGAAGUCGCAUAAGUCACUUGUCGAUCCUCGCGCUCACGUCGGCAAGACAUAAGACGGAGAAGGCGAGAGAAAGAGAGAAAGAGGGAAAAAAAAGAUCGAUCUCGUUUAUCUCGACUCUCCUAUUUUGUUGAGUUUGUUUCAAUACAAUCGUACGUCGCACCUGCGAAGCAAUUGGUGCUAUAUCGAUUCGCCCUCGAAAAAGAAUCGACAGAGAAAUUUCACGACGCGUCUCUCCCCGUGUCAGCUCUCCCUACGCGUUGCGACCCCGAUUUCAAUCGCGUUUUAUAUAUUUCUACAGUUCGUCCGGAUGUAAUUGGUGUUUCGGGUGAGAUUCAUCGACGGAAAAAUCAUCGAUACCCGUACGAUGCAGUGACUCGGCGGUGAACGGACUCAGUCGUGUCUUGAGAGUCAUUGUGCAAGGUUGCUUGCUAGUCCAUGUCGAGUUUCCACUCGAAGCAAGUACUCCCACGAGACAAAGGUGGACUUGACGAACAAAUGAAUUCAAUCAGGAUAAAUCGUCGCGAGUAGAUUUUUUUGAAACCCAGGCAACGUCGAUGUGGACAGUGAUCUUGCUGAGUUUUAUCUUAAAGUGCCUAUUGAAAAAAUUACGUCGAAUAGAUCCGACGCGAAUCAACACGUGGCAAGUACACACGCCUCCAUCAUUAGGACGUCGUUUCGUAGGAGAGAAGGUAAAAUUUCACGGAUAAAGUGAAUCUUCCGAGGCAUCUAAGCGGAAGGAAAGAAGCAACGCGAUUCAAGACAGUACAAGCCCAAUGUGGAAUAUCUGAUGUCAAGCAUCGUGCGAAGGUGAUUGAGUGUGUGUGUGUGUGUGUGAGAGAGAAAGAGAGAGAGAGAGAGAGAGAGAGAGAGAACGUACGGUGAUCUGUCGGGACUCACGGGGUAGAACUUGAGGUGUCGAGCAGCAAGGAUGAGUUUGUCCGCUGGAAGCAUGUGAAGUAAAUGGCCGUGAAAAGAUCGUGCCAGUCUUCGAACAACCUACUAUGGGCAUCUGCCUGGACACUGAUCAGCAAAAUGGAUCGCAGGUGUUCGAGGAAGGCGAUGCUCGUGCUACAGGAAGAUGGCGAGGAGAAGCUGGUCUUUUGGCAACGCCGCCGGAUGGACAUUUUCCAAAGCAGAAUGUCGGUCCAGUUAAAUUUGAAAUACCAAAAGUUCCCGUUAUAUUCGUACUUGGUGGUCCUGGCAGCGGCAAGGUGACAUAUUGCGACAAUCUGAUACAGGAGAAGAAGGGAAUAACACACAUCAACAUGAUGGAUCUUCUUCAGCAGUAUGCACUGGGAAACGAUAUGCAAGAUUUCGGGCAACUUAGUAGCAAGACCGUUACAGAAGUGCUCAUGCUCGAGAUAAAGAUGUCCCCAGGAGCCAAAGUGUUUCUCAUCAGCGGAUACCCGCGAAAUAUGCGCGAUGUAGUAGAAUAUGCCGAGAAAAUAAAGAUUGUAAACGGCGUCAUUCUCGUGUCCUGGAGGCAGGAAGUGCUGGAGAGACAAAUUGAUUUCGGGGCGCAACUCGGUCAUGUUAUCAUCGGAUUAGCCAGGAUGGAGUUGCAUAAUUUUUAUAGAAACGUUAUGCCAGUUGCGGAAUAUUUCGAUCAAAGUGGAAUGUUGCUCGAGGUAAACGGAGAGCGUAAUCCGAGUGAAGUUUACGUUAGCUUUCGGGAUGCCGUACUUAGAAUUCUCGGGAUGUCAAGCGGCGAAAUUCAAGAUCAAAAUGUACCUCAGUCCUUGGAAGCCGAAGUUGAAGUGGAGAGGAGAAAAGAAUCAGUUUCAAGUUCUUCGCUAACGAAGCCACAAAUCGUGCCGAGAUCCGAGAUAACACCACCUCCGGUGCCAAUAAAUGCAUCGUCGAAAACCGCUGAUAAGCCGAGGAAAGGACUGCCAUCAUUUAUCUGGGUUAUAGGUGGACCGGGAAGUAACAAGGCGGCUCUCUGCGCUCAAGCUGUCCGCAACAUGCCUGGUUGGCUACACGUGAGUAUUGGAGGACUUUUAAGGACGAUGGCGUCGUCGAACAUGGUUGUGAACGAAGCUAUCGUCUCGGGUGAAAUGGUGCCGCACGAUAUCGUGAUGCAACUUGUGGAGCAACAAAUACUUUUAAAUCGAGAUUCAGAUGGUAUUGUCAUGGACGGAUAUCCGAGGGAUUUGAAUCAAGUACAAGAAUUCGAAGGCAAGUUUGGGCAAGAACCACCACUAGUGUUACUCGACUGUUCCAAGUUGCAACUUGGAAGGGGGAGACUGGACGACAGUGUUUCGGCAUUUAGAAAAAGAUUGGAACUCUUUCGCGAGGUGUCUCUUCCUAUGUUGAAGACACUAGAUAGCGACAAUCGGUUAAUAAUUGUUGAUGGCGAUACUGAUGUGCCUACCGUGCAGCAGGAUUUCGCCGCCGCAUUAUAUCAAUUGAUGCGUCGGCAACGUCGUUCAGAAGAGGACGAUCUGCGCAAUACAAAUUUUUCGACGACUAAAGGACACGAUCAACACCCAAACGGGAAACAUAUUACGAUGGAUUAUGAAAACGAGCGCGCGAUACCUAACGGCGUUGCCAAACAGACGGUCAACGGCAUGUCGAAUUACGUUGAAAAACCGGUUGAUGCGGCGAAAAAUGUAAACGGAAUCACUGCUCAAGGCGUAGGUACCAUUUCUAACGGCGUGCUAAAUAAUAUGAAGCAUAUUCAGCAAAAUGGUCAUAUUCAUCAAAACGGCAUCGCGAAUGGUACGGCACAUAUGCUGCAGAACGGUGUAGCACAUUUAGCUAACGGUAUCGUGCCGUCUGACAAAAAUAAAGUCGCGCCAACGAUGCGCAACUAUUUGCCAAAGGAUCCCAUCAGGAAGAUGUACAACGAGGUUGAGGGUUAUCAGCAGAAUCUUCACAUGUGACGCGAGACUCGCCCGUUGGACGAGUCCUCGAUAUAGCUGAAUGCUGAACGUGCAUUUUUUACUCAUUAACGUCGUGCGAACAAUUCUUGUGAGACAACUAUGUACUACGACAGACUUUACAUUUUAAUUAUACCUGUAUAUAAUCGGCGCUCGCGCGCACGCGUGUCUUUCAACGACUGUACUCAGGUACUGAUGCAUGGUGCCUUGAAACAAAUACGACUUAAACAGUAGAAUUAAUAGGUAGAUAUCUACGUUCACUAUAAAAACGCCAAACAUGGAGUCGUCAACAGUAUUUUCGAUGACAAGAUAAUAAUCAUUAGGAAGUCUUAUAUACACACACACACACAUACAUACAUACACAGACAUACAUACACACAUCUAUUCUAAUAACUU